AUAUUCAAAGUUCCAUUUUGGUAACCAAAAAACAAUACCAUAUGGCGUCACCCAAAAGCUUGUUAUAACAAACUUUAUUUCUAAUCUCUAUACAUAUUUUAAACUCUGUUACCAAUAUUCAAGAGAGAGAAAUAGAUUCUCUUCUAAUCUUAUCUAUCUUGCAAACCUAAUUCUCGUGAACAACUCUCUAUAUUUUAAUAUACCAAAGAAUUGCUUUCUAUUGAAAGCUUUGCAUUCACCCCAAUUAAGAUCAGUUCACGCACCAAGGCUACCCAUAUAUAAAUAAUGGACUAUUCUCACCUUCCACUCCUCACACUCGAACCGAAGAAACAAAAGACUCAACUUUUUCUUAAGACCAAAUCCAAAUGGGUUCCUCUCCAUUUGCCAGGUCAUCAAUAUUUUUCAUUCUCUUUUCCGUUCUCUCAACGUUGACUGACACGUGUCUCGCAACGAGAAAGUUGACCUCACUGUACCAACCGCCGUCAACGACUGUGACGUACCAUAACGGCGACUUACUCGAAGGAGACAUCCCCGUUUCCAUACUAUGGUACGGAAAGUUCUCACCAACCCAGAAGUCCAUCGUCGUUGACUUUCUUCUUUCUCUUGACCCCAAACACAAACAAACGGCCGUUAAUUCGCCGUCUGUUUCUCGGUGGUGGAACAUCGUCCGUACGUACUCUAAGAAAGCGGGUAAACGAGAAACCCGACUUGUUUUGUCUAAACAGGUCUCCGAUGACGACUGCUCCGCCGGGAAACUCCUUAAGAAGUCAGAGAUCACCAAUCUGGCUCGCCGUCUCAUCAACGCAAAACCCGGCUGGUUAACUAUGAUUCUCACGGCCCAAGACGUCGCCGUCGAGGGGUUUUGCAUGAGCAACUGCGGGUUCCACGGCUCCGAGUCGGAGAACAAAUCGGUCUUCCUCUGGGUUGGAAAUUCGGUGGCUCAGUGCCCGGGUCAAUGCGCAUGGCCGUUUCACCAACCCAUUUACGGACCACAGACGGAGCCACUUGGCGCGCCAAAUGGGGACGUUGGAGUGGAUGGGAUGAUAGUAACUAUCGCCAGCCUUCUAGCCGGAGCUGUCACCAACCCGUUUGGGAAUGGGUACUUUCUUGGCUCAGCAGACGCACCACUCGAGGCGGCUUCGGCUUGCUCCGGGGUUUACGGCAAGGGAGCCUACCCGGGUUACGCUGGGGAGGUGUUAGUCGAUUCUAGCACCGGGGCGAGCUAUAACUCGGUGGGUGUGAAUGGGAGGAAGUAUAUGUUACCGGGUUUGUUUGAUCCAAUUAGUUCUCAGUGUUCAACGGUUUAGGGAGAGACGUAUCUCUUCGUGGUUGACCGAUAUGAUAUUGUAUAUAUAUUUAACUCUUCUUAGUCUUGUUUAUUAAACCGAUAAUUAUAAUAAUAAGUGAGAUUGGACGAAGAAGACAUGUUUAAACAUCACAGCUUAUUACAUAAAGCUCUUUGCAGUUAUAUAUAGGGUUAAAACUUUCUUAUUAAAGACAAAUAAGUGACAACAAAACAUUUACAAAGUUACACAUUAAUCAUUAUGCAUAUG